UAUCAACGUGAAAAUGGUUAAAAUAGUUUUAUAAACAAAUAUUACGCAGGGAUUGGGUGUGUUAAUUUGAUGAGAAAGAUGUGCUUAGUACUAGUUCUAAAACAACUAUAACCAAAUUAUUAUAAAUAGAAUGUGUGAAAGUAAAGUUGAAAUAAAGUGAACUAAAACAAACAUGUAAUUAUACUAUCAAACACACACGGUUCAUAGAGGCACAUGUUCCCCUAUUUAAAUUAUGUUAUUAAGUAUUUUGUGCAGUUUCUGUGAUUUAAACUGUAUUUUAACGUCGUAAGUCAAAUUUCCCAAACUCUAUUUGGCGCCCUGAAGGCAUCACACGUCACAUCAACAGACUUUACUCAGACAGGCCUCCAGAACACGGGAGGCAAGGGGGCGUGUGUCCCUGAGGGGGGCGUGGCCGCGGCAUGCAAACGAAGCACGCCUCCAAGCGUCUGUCCCCCGUGAGCGGUGACGUCACGUGAGCGGCCCGUGUUGGUUCCAGCUGACUGACUGAGCGAGAGAGAGAGAGAGAGAGGGAGGGAGGGAAAACAAGAGCUUCAUCUUUGUGACUCUCUCUCAUCUCGUGAAUAUUAUUGUUUUCUCUUUAUUUCCUCCAUCUUUUUCAGUUUUUCGCGUGUGUUUUUGUUCAAUUUCGGUCAUUUUUCUUCUUCAUUUGCUCUCUUUUCUUCUUCUACUCCUUCUUCUUCUCCUCCGCUGCUGCUGAGACUCGCCUGUGUCUCUCUUCACUCAUUCAACGGGACUACGAUCAUCACCCUCUCACUUUUUGAUUAUUCACCUCAUCCGGGAUUAAAAUAUAGAAAAGAGAAUAAUCUCAGACAAACCAGCGGACCACACCGAACCGGACCCCAGUCCAGCGUCAGAUCCUGAAUCUGGAUUGAAUUCUUCUUCAUGUGACGUCUUUUUAUUUUUGGUGGAGUUUUUUGUGUUGCUCUGCUGAAGCAGGUGACAGCAUGAAUUAAGAAUAAUCCCGACAGCAUGCUGCCAUUUUGGAGAUAAACCCCCGUCUUUACUUGUGUUUUUUUACACUCUCAUGUCCUCAUGGGACAGGCGGAACACCGGGACACCAGGUGGAGAUAUUGAGCGCAACACCUGCACCGUUUGACGGCGCGUCUGUCAAUUAGCGUCUCUAAUUGGAUUAUUGUGAUCUUGAACUUAAAGAGUGUGUAGAGUCGCUGCUCCUCCUCCUCCUCCUCCUCCUCCUGCUGUAGACUGAAGUCAUGUCGAGGCCCCUCACUCAGCUCCUGCCUCCUGACCUCCCCGCCGGGGCCACCAGCCCCCAGUUCGGGCCCAGUAACCCCGCCGGAAGUGGCCCCCAGGGCGGACAACUGACCUCCAUGACCAACCUCAAGUCUCUGCUCCAGCUGCCAAUCAAGAGCGACCAGAGAGAGGUGAAGGACUGCUGCGAGAUGAAAGACAAAGACAAGCCAUCAGAGUCCGACGAGGACUCGCUGGGUGUCAACGCCGGAGGCCCCGGAGGCCCCGGUGGCGUCGGAGGUGUCCCGGGUUCUGGUGGACUGAGGCCCAACUCCCAGUCAGCGUUCCUGGGCCCGCUGCUGUGGGAGAGGACGCUGCCGUGUGACGGAGGCCUGUUCCAGCUGCAGUACAUGGACCUGGAGGAGUUUCUGACCGAGAACGGGAUGGGGAUGCACAGCAACGGGCCCAGCUCCACCAGUGCCCAGAUCCCGUCCCAGAGUUCACAGUCAGCGGUGCCUAACCAGAGCUCCCAGUGUCCUCCCACGUCUCCUCCACCCUGCUCCUCCUCCUCGUCUUCCUCCAUGUCCUCUUCGUCCUCCUCAUCCUCGCUGCUUGGUCUGGAAACUGUACAGCCGCCGCCGCCACCGCCGCUGCCGCCACCUCAGCAGCAGCAGCAAAGCAUGAUGGGAGGACCUGAGUGUCUACAUGGUGAGUCAAACCGUCAAGUGUUUUUUCUUCCAUUUUGCUUUUCUCUGUAUUUCUGGGCACAGUUUGUGCUUUAAUGAAGUCGGCCAUUUUGUGCCACAGUGCUUCUACAGUAGCCUGGAAUG